GCAAUCCAAUAAGCUGCCAGCGCAGCGUCGAAGCAGUCCUGGUAGCCUGAUCUGCCUCCAAAGUAAGCAGCAGAGAUCGAUCGAGCAACAGGGCGAUGGGGAGGUCACCGUGCUGCUGCCACGACGCCGGCGUGAAAAAAGGCCCGUGGACGGAGGAGGAGGACCGGGCGCUGGUGGAGCACAUCCAGAGGCACGGCGGGCACGUCGGCAGCUGGCGCAACCUGCCCAAGGCCGCCGGGCUCAACCGCUGCGGGAAGAGCUGCCGCCUCCGCUGGACCAACUACCUCCGCCCCGACAUCAAGCGCGGCAACUUCACCGCCGACGAGGAGCGCCUCAUCAUCGCCCUCCACGCCGAGCUCGGCAACAAGUGGUCGACGAUCGCGACGCACCUGGACGGCCGGACGGACAACGAGAUCAAGAACUACUGGAACACGCACAUCCGGAAGAAGCUCCUGCGCAUGGGCGUCGACCCCGUCACGCACCAGCGGCUGCCCCCCGACGACGUCCUCAUCGGCGGCGCCGCCCCCGGCCUCCCCGAGGCGCUCCUCUCGGCGGCGGCGAGCCUCGGAGGCCUCAACACCGUUCUGAUGCAGGCGCAGGCGCUGCAGCUCCUGCUGCAGGCCGUCAGUGGCGGCGCUGCUGCUGGUGCUGGUCUCGUGGCCAGCUUCAGCCCAGCUGCAGAUAACGCUGCCAUGCCGCCCAUGCUCAACGCGAGCAGCAUCGUCCCGAACUCCCAGGACCAGCAGAUGAUGAACCUCUUGGCUCACGCGAACUACCAGCCGGCCGACGAUUAUCUCAGCAAUCUCGCAAGUUUUGCAGAGCACGACGUGGUUCGGCAACCGAACGCUUCGGCUCCGGCUCCGGCUCCGGCUCCGGCAUUGUUGGUGCCUGCAUCUUCUUCUCCACAGGAAGUGGCAGCUGCAGCUGACCGGCGGCCGGUGCAGGGGUUUUCCGAUCUUCUGUCGGAGGCCAUGGAGGUGCCGAGUAUGUGCUCUCUGGAGGACGAACAUUUCUGGAAGGACUUGCUAGCGGAGAGCAACCACUUGCCACUAUAAAAAUUCUAAUGCGUGAAGCAGACGUAGUGUGGUAGUGCGUGCUGUACAAAAUUUGUAAUUAUCUCAAAAAGUUAGCUUCGUUUUA